GUGUAACUACACGAUAAAUCGUCAGGUUACUACUUUUCUGCAUCCACCCACUGCACAGCUUUUCCACUGUCAGCCCAGCAUCGACCUGCAAUUCCCUUGCGAUAUUAGGCGGUGCUCCCAAGGGAUGUUGAGAGCUCUCGCUGGUCUGUCCUAGACACCAGCGAAAAGAGCAAGCAAAAUCACUGCGGAGAAAUGUGCCAAGGCCAGAAUGCACAACGAUCUUCUUGACACUGUUCUUGUCAGUCGCAAAGACGCGACUGUCGUGGGAGACAGCACCGCCGGCAUGAAGGAAUCAACACCAGCUCCUACGCCGGCAGGCGAAGAGGCGAAAUGCCCCGUCGACCACAAGACACGCGAGGUUUGGGUACAAGAGGCACGCUCCUCUCCGUCGCAAGCAACCACAGCAGCCCCGAGCGGCCAAGCAACAGGCGCAAACCAAGCGGCAAACACAUCGUCUUGGGCAUCAUGGUUGCGACUUCCCUACUUCUCACAACCGGCCCUAUCCCAGGAAUCCAGCCCCUCGAACGCCUCAGCCGCCAGAUCGACCCCGCGUACAUUCCCGCAGCUCGACGAGUCCCGCGUCAUCUCGAGCAUCCCUCGCUCCUCCGACCCGGGCCCGUCAGCAUGCCCCGUCAAUCACGAGCAAGAAACCGGCACAUCAGCCAGCGGUCACUGGGUGUACCCCUCAGAGAAACAAUUCUUCGAAGCCAUGAAGCGAAAAGGCUACAGCGCAGCGUCAGCAGCCGACAUGAAAACCGUAGUUCCUAUCCACAACGCCGUCAACGAGAAGGCGUGGGCCGAGAUCCUCAAGUGGGAAGCGCCCUACGUCGCGCCGAUAAACAAGGGGGGUUGUGGCGGGCCGCGGCUGCACAGCUUCGCCGGGCUGAGCCAGACCAUGAGCCCGCGCGCGCGGAUCAACACACUGCUGGGGUAUACCGCGCCGUUUGACCGGCAUGACUGGGUGGUUGAUCGGUGUGGGAAGAGGGUGGAGUACAUUAUCGACUUUUAUGCCGGGCGCAAUGACGGCGCUGGGGCUGGGAAGCUCAACUUUUACCUGGACGUGCGGCCCAAGUUGAAUACGUGGGAGGGCAUCAAAAUGCGGGCGCUGCGAGCUACGGGAUUGGCGUGACAGGGGAUCAGUCUGCCUGCUGUUGAAAGCUCGAAGUUGUAUCAGUACCAAGCACUGGGAGUUUGGGUUGUAUUAUACAUACCACUCAACCUGUGGCUCCGGACGGGGAGGUGGUGGGCGUUUAGAUGGAUCUAGGCUGUUUGUUGAGGACUCGAAUACAGAAACAAAAUGACUCAAGUUUCAGGUUUCACAGAGCUGCCGCCUGAGGCUCGACAUUUGCGUGGUAUCUCCAUGAAUACAA